AUGGAUGAAAAAGAAAAACAACAACGUAAAGAUCAAUCUGAAGUCAUUAAUGAAUUGAUUGGUAUUAUUGAGUAUGUCAAGGCCAUUCCGGAUUUUCGUAUCACUCAAAAAAAACAAAGUCAAUGUCUCGUUCGGAGGUUAAAGCUUUUAUUACCUUUGUUAGAAGAGAUUAGGGACCUUGAGUCUCCACUUCCUGAAGAAUGUUGUGUUUAUUUGUAUAAAUUGAAGACUGCGUUUCGUUCUGCAAAGAAAUUAUUGAAGGCUUGUAGUGUUGGAAGCAAGAUUUACCUGGCAUUUGAGAGCGAAGGAGUAAUGAUUAGAUUCAAGUCUGUUUACGAGAAGAUUAGUCAAGCAUUGGAUGGCAUACCACAGGAUAAGUUUAGCUUAUCAGAAGAAGUGAGACAGCAGGUUGAAUUAAUUCGGGGGCAACUUAGAAAGGCAAAAUCACGGAGUGAUAGUCAGGACAUGGAGCUAACUAUGGAUAUGAUGGUGGUACUUUCUUCGGAGAACGAUCGAAAUGCCGACAAGGCAAGUAUAGAGAGGUUGGCAAACAAUUUGGGACUCCGAACUGUUGAUGAUUUGAACAAUGAAACUAUAGCCAUAAGGAAACUUGUUAAAGAAAGACGUGGACAUAAUGCCGAGGCAACUCAACAGACCAUAGAUGUUCUGAGAAAAUUCAGAAGAUUUGCUGGAAUGGAUGAAGAAAAUAUUCUUGAAGAGCCUAUUGUGCCUAAAGAUCGCAACAAAUUCGUCACUAUAACAACCCCUGAUGAAUUCCUUUGUCCGAUUUCACGAGAAAUCAUGGCAGAUCCUGUUAUUGUUUCAACUGGACAGACAUAUGAAAGAGACAACAUACAACAGUGGUGGGAUUCUAAUCAUCAGACUUGUCCAAAAUCUGGUCAACCUUUAUCACACUUGACAUUAGCGCCCAAUCAUGCUUUAAAGAACUUAAUUUUGCAGUGGUGUGAAAAAAACAAAAUUGAACUUCCCAAGAAAGUUGUAGCGAAACACCGUACAAGUCAUGAAAAGGUAUCUGCUGAACCUGAAAAUAAAAUGUUAACGUUGGUUGCAGACCUAUCUUCAAGUCAGUUAGAGGUGCAAAGAAAGGCUGUGACAAAGAUUCGUAAACUUUCAAAGGAAAGUCCCGAGAGCAGGGUUUUGAUAGCACGCAAUGGGGGAAUCCCACCACUGGUGCAACUUUUGUCAUAUCCCGAUUCUAAAAUUCAAGAAAAUGCAGUAACAGCUCUUUUGAAUCUGUCUAUUGAUGAAUCAAACAAGAUACUCAUAUCUAAUGAAGAGCCAAUUGCCCCUAUUAUUGAAAUUUUACAUAAUGGAACUAUUGGAGCAAAGGAGAAUUCUGCUGCAGCACUAUUUAGUUUAUCAAUGCUAGAUGAGAAUAAAUCAACAAUAGGGGCAUUAGAUGGUAUCCCUCCACUAGUAGAUUUAUUGAGGACUGGAACAAUUAGAGGUAAGAAAGACGCUGUCACUGCUCUAUUCAAUUUGGCUCUCGGCCAUGCAAAUAAGUCAAGAGCUAUUGAAGCAGGCAUUGUGACACCUUUGCUCCAAAUACUCAAAGAUAAUCACUUGGAUAUGGUAGAUGAGACAUUAUCCAUAUUGUUGCUUCUUUCAUCACAUCAAGAGGGGAGGCAGCAAAUCGGACAACUUUCUUUUGUAGAAACUCUCGUUAAUUUAAUAAGGGACGGGACUCCAAAGAAUAAAGAAUGUGCAUUAGCUGUUCUUCUAGAGUUGGGUAUACAUAACUCCAAUCUCCUUCUAGCUGCACUACAAUUUGGUGUUUAUGAGCAUUUGGUUGAGGUAACUAAAAGUGGAACAGAUCGUGCUCAAAGAAAAGCAAACUCAAUAUUACAGCAAAUUAGUAAUUCUGAGCAGAUUUGA